AACCCCUUCUUAUUGAAUACGAUGAAAAUUAUCUGAAUAAAUUAGUUGAAAAAAAUAUUCCCCCUAAUGAAAUGCCACAUUGUGUAAUAACACAUGAUGAAACAAUAUUAGCCGCAAACGAUGAUAAAAAGACCGGAUGGGCUCUUGAAA